AUGGCCAACACAGUGAUGAGCUUGUUUUCAGUAGUCUUCCUUUGCAUUACAGCAGCACAAGGAAGAAAAGUUUUUCAGGCAAUACCCUCUUCAGUUAUUAAUCAUGAUUUUCAUGUUGAUGGUAUCUGCCAAACAGCAGUAGGGACACGAGGUUACCCAUGUGAAGAACAUACGGUUGAGACAGACGAUGGCUACAUCCUGAGUCUGCAGAGGUUGCCGGCAGGACGGUCCGGUCUCAAAGCCAACAAGCCACCGGUGCUUUUACAACAUGGUCUCUUUUGUGAUGCCCUAACAUGGCUGGUAAACCCUCCAGAAGAGUCAUUAGGUUUUGUCUUAGCAGACAGUGGAUAUGAUGUGUGGGUUGCCAACACUCGUGGGACAAUAUCUAGCCGCGGCCACAGAUCACUGAGUCCUAAUGACGCGGAUUAUUGGAAUUGGUCAUGGGAUGAGUUGGCUAGUUAUGAUCUUCCUGCUUUUGUCAAGUAUGUGCACAACAACACUGGUCAGAAACUUCACUAUGUUGGUCAUUCCUUGGGAACCCUAAUGGCUUUUGCUGCUUUCUCUAGAGGCCAAGUGUAUGACAUGUUGAGGUCAGCUGCAUUACUUUCCCCAAUUGCUCAUUUGCGUCUACUUUCAUCGCCUGUAGCAAGAGUUUUUGCAGACACCCUUUCGGCUGAGAAUCUAAACUUGAUAGGAGUCCAUGAAUUCAUUCCAAACGGGGAAGCUGCUACCAGAUUAGUCCAAGGCCUCUGCAAUACUUUAAAGAUUGACUGCUCAAAGAUUUUGACAUUUAUCACAGGAACUAUAGCAAAGUAUGAUUAUGGUAAUCUGAUACAAAACAUGCAGCAUUAUGGAAAACCAUUUCCUCCUCGUUAUGACUUGACAACAAUUCCAAAUGAAUUUCCCCUUUUUCUGAGCUAUGGAGGGUUAGAUUCGCUAUCUGAAGUUAAGGGUGUGCAGAUCUUGCUCAAUGACCUCAAAAAUCAUGAUCCAAACAAGCUCGUAGUGUUGUUUAAUCCAGAAUAUGCUCACGUUGAUUUUUUCAUUGCUACCAAUGUCAGACAAGUUAUUUAUGAUCCUAUUAUAGCUUUCUUCCAGGUCAAUUGA